CGCCAUAUGCGUGUGAAAGCAUCCUGAAAACCUGCCACUGUCAUACAACCAGGAAGAAGGUGGGAUAGCCCUAACAAAGCUAACAUCCCAAAUCUGCAAACUUUCCCAGAAAAUGAUGGGGUCUUCCAGGUGGAAGAUUGCAGUGGUGGUCUUUCUCUCGGUUGCCGAGAUAUUAAUGCCGAUCGAGGCAGAUGAACACGAACACACGGUAAGAUCAUUUGAGGCCGAUUGAAAAUGGGAAGCCUUGUGUGUGGUGGUGAAAAUAAUGGACGUUCUGGCUUGUUAGCUAGCUACAUGAUACAACCGAUUAGCCUAUAUUUUUCACCUCAGCGAAAUAAGAGGCCUAAUACAUGUAGCUAGCUAGUUCAUUAUGUUAUAUGAGAUUAACGUUCAAUGUUGAUAAAUCAUAAAUACAAUAACUAACGUUGGCGAACAAGUUAAUGUAGGGGACCAAAGUUAGCUAGCGAAGAAGUUAGCUAGCUAACGUUAGCCAGUGACAUCUCAGUGCAUACAUAUGAUAGUAGGAAUAUUUUUCAUAACCAGUCAUCCAUAUAAUUCGGUUAUUUAGUUGCUUGUUAACUACAUAUAGCAAAAUGUCUCUUCUAGGAAUAUGCCUAGCUAGUUAACUAUUUUGGUAGUGAACUAACGUUAUGUCAGUGCGAAGACUGCAUAUCCGGUUAUUCAGGCGGCAGGCCUGUCUAGGUAAGUUACUGUUAAGUAGGAUAUCCAAUGGUCAAGACAAAAGCAAAUCGCCUUCUGCGUUUUACGGUACAAAUGGAAUUAAAUACUUUUGCCCAUCUUGAUUUCUGACCUGUAACCUAUAUGGUGGUUUGAUCAUGCUUCAACCUAGCCAAUAAUUCAAGUUGGCUAGCUUCAACCUAUUCAUAGACUGACUACCUUUAGCUAACUAACUUGACUAUUCAUGAACGUAUCUUCUGGCCGGGGUUGUUUUGUAAGAGCUCCGACGCUAGGUCUGAACGUUAACACGCAUCGCUUGCGGGACGGUUUUGGAAACAUGAGAGACUUAUCUUUCAUAUCAGUGAUACAUUUUUUUCAAAAAACUAAAGGUUAAAUUAUUACACACCUUUUUAUAGGGUUAGUGAUCCCACGCGGCCGUAUCUCCUUGUUAGCGCUUGUUUACAGAAGUCAGACAGAAGAUUGUUGACCACCUGUAUUAAUUAGCUAUCUAGCGCGCUCCAAACACUUGUGUGUAACUGGGAAUUGUAGUUUGUUGGUUGGAGGCACACACAGCAGUCUGGAUCUGUGCAAACCUGCUACAUACACUACAAAAGUAUGUGGAGACACUUUCAAAUUAGUACAUUCGGCUAUUUCAGUCACACCUGUUGCUGACAGGUGUAUAAAAUUGAUCACACAGCCAUGCAAUCUCCAUGGACAAACAUUAGCAGUAGAAUGGCCUUACUGAAGAGCUCAGUGACUUUCAAUGUGGCACCGUCAUAGGAUGCCACCUUUCCAACAAGUCAGUUUGUCAAAUUUCUGCCCUGCUAGAGCUGCCCCGGUCAACUGUAAGUGCUGUUAUUGUGAAGUGGAAAUGUCUAGGAGCAACAACGGCUCAGCCGUAAAGUGGUAGGCCACACAAGCUCACAGAACGGGACCGCCGGGUGCUGAAGCGCGUAGCGUGUAAAAAUGGUCUGUCCUUGGCUGCAACACUCACAACCAAGUUCCAAACUGCUUCUGGAAGCAACGUCAGCACAAUAACUGUUUGUCGGGAGCUUCAUGAAAUGGGUUUUCAUGGCUGAGCAGCCAAACACAAGCCUAAGAUCACCAUGCAUAAUGCCAAGCGUCGGCAGGAGUGGUGUAAAGCUUGCCGCCAUUGGACUCUGGAGCAGUGAAAACACAUUCUCAGGAGUGAUGGAUCACACUUCCCCAUCUGGCAGUCCGACGGACAAAUCUGGGUUUGGCGUAUGCCAGGAGAACGCUACCUGCCCGACUGCGUAGUGCCAACUAAAGUUUGGUGGAGGAGGAAUAAUGGUCUGGGGCUGUUUUCAUGGUUCGGUCUAUGCCCCUUAGUUCCAGUGAAGGGAAAUCCUAACGCUACAGCAUACAAUUACAUUCUAGACGAUUCUGUGCUUCCAACUUUGUGGCAACAGUUUGGGGAAGACCCUUUCCUGUUUCAGCAUGACAAUGCCUCUGUGCACAAAGUGAGGUCCAUACAGAAAUGGUUUGUAGAGAUCUGUGUGGAAGAACUUGACUGGCCUGCACAGAUCCCUGAACUCAACCCCCAUCGAACACCUUUGCGAUUAAUUGGAACGCCGACUGCGAGCCAGGCCUAAUCGCCCAACAUCAGUGCCCGACCUCACUAAUGCUGUUGUGGCUGAAUGGAAGCAAGGCCCAGCAGAAAUGUUCCAACAUCUAGUGGAAAGCCUUCCCAGAAGAGUGGAGGCUGUUAUAGCAGCAAAGGUGGGACCAACUCCAUAUUAAUGCCCAUGAUUUUGGAAUGAGAUGUUCGACGAGCACGUGUCCACAUUCUUCUGGCCAUGUAGUGUAUGUUUCAAAAACCGUAGGCCUAUUGCAAGUGAUUAUUUACAUUUCUAAACAUUAAAACAGAGCGUUGGGAUUGUAGUUCACAUGGUCUCACCGGUAAAAGGCUCUGCAUGGUCAAUUUGACGUCUGCAGUGGCCGUACAGCAUUUACAGUAAUACGGCCUCUGCAGAAGUCAGGGCAUUCAUACUUAUUGCGCUUCGUUGUUGUGAAGGAAGUUGUCAAGGAAGUGAGUUUGUUUAUACAGGACCUCCCGCAACCACCUACCGUCAACCAAUCAUGUCAAUGCGGAGCUAUACAGAGCCCUCCGCAUUGUUACAACAUUUGUGAGGCACAUGGCGAUCCAGUACGGCGCUCAAUUUGGCCUCUGCAUGCCUACAGAGGCGCCACAAUUGCUUCCUCCAUAUGGAGCCGCUGACCACAUUUUCGGAUCAAGCAGAAAUUGGAUUUAAGCGGUGCUUAUAGCUGAGAACCCUUUGGAUAAGGCAGAGAGCCUUGUUAAUGCUUUGGGAUCUCAAGCGCAAGCUUCAACUUGGUCCUCACUGGUACCGUAGCCAGCUAGCACUAGCUAGUAAGCUCUGCAUCCGCGCUUAGUGCAGAAUGAAUAGCUGGCUACAGAACCAGCGCGAGCAGACAUCCAAGUUUUUACAUGGAUAAAGCCCCUUGUCGCUACAUUGUGUUCCACCCAUUAUUGUCAAGCUGACAACUAACGAGGGUGCUUGCUCAUGCUUGAGCUUUCACUCCAGUUAAAGACCUGUAUACAGUUCAAUAUGCAUUUCGUUGUUGUUGAUUCAUGCCUGUAUGUCGUGUGCAUUGGUUUUGACAUGGGGUCAUUAAAACAGUAACUUUUUAUGACUCAUUAUCAAUGUAUUUUUGUCACCGACAGCUGCUAUCCAAUGUCUUUUUAUAGAUGGAGGCUGCUUGGAAUAGACUGACAUGUUGGCUGUUUUUGUUAUUAUUUGCCCUGAAUGCACAAUGUAUAUCCUUGAAUAGCAUACAAAAUGCUGCCAUCUGAGAACUAGCAAAACAAGUAAGUUAUAGCAUGUUUAAUGUGUUUCUUCCCUUUUCCAGUACACAGAUAAAGAGGAGGUGGUUUUAUGGAUGAAUACAGUGGGGCCUUACCACAACAGACAAGAAACGUACAAGUACUUCUCCCUGCCCUUCUGCGUGGGCACCAAAAAGACCAUUAGCCACUACCAUGAGACAUUAGGAGAGGCUCUGCAAGGAGUCGAGCUGGAGUUCAGCGGCCUAGACAUUAAGUUCAAAGGUACCCAAGAAGCUACACCCACAGGCAACUGUACUUGGACUCUGUGGAGUGACAAAUUCACUAUUUGAUCAGCAUUGUUUGAUUUGGAGUAGUCAAUUAUAUUCUUUCCUAGCAUGAAGUUUGAUCCAAAAGCAGCCUACACUUCCAUUUUGUCUUCUAGUGUUAUGUCAUACUAAUACUAAACACUUUUUGUCAUUUUGUUCUCACAGAUGAAGUCAUGCAAACAACGUACUGUGAAAUCGAGCUGGACAAAGCCAAACGGGAUGCCUUUCUUUAUGCCAUUAAGAACCACUAUUGGUACCAAAUGUACAUUGAUGACCUACCCAUCUGGGGUGAGUGACACUGCUGCACUGCCUGUUGCGACUUGUCCAGUAACUUAGUAAUGGAAAAUCAAAGUCAUGCCCCCGAAGCAGUUGAAAAAGAUGGCAUCCAAAUGUUCAUUCUGAACGUUUUACUUUUCUGGCCUUAUCUGUUGCCUCACUGGUUGGUAUAGAAAGUUGUUUGACCAUGACAAAGGUUAUCUAUGGAAUAGCCUAGUUCAUUACUAUUGAAAAGGGCCCAGUUCUGUAAUGAGGAAUGUCUUAAACAUAGAGGUAUUUUACAUGGAGUGACGCCUACUAGGGUUGGGCGAUAUUAGGAUAGUAUCGGAUAUCGAAGAUGAUUGACAGCUAUCGUUGAUGGUGACGACAUCUUGAUGUGACCGAUGUAUAGCCUAUUUCAACUUGACUGGCACCGCAGUAGCGCUGACUGGGCAGCCCACAGCUGGGCCAUGCCAGGUGGUCUAUUCCUUUGCUGUAGCCUGCAUAAGCAAUUUCAAUAAAUAUGUUUGAAACAAUUUACAGAAUGCAAGAGAAUGAUGUACAGAGCUAAGAUUUUCACCAAAGCAGUGCAAAAUGUCCAGUCAGAAAAUGUUAUUUUUUCUCUCUCUGAAUGUUUUUAGUGGACACUCCGGUGUCUAAUUAUUUUAAAGCCUAAUUUUGUUUUUUCUCUCCAUUUGAUAUGAAUAUGACUUCAGUUUUUAUGCAUGCUGGCUUUCUCCCGCCAUUCUACUUCAUGAUCAAACAAUUAAUUUAGCUAAUGGAGUUCUAGGCUAUAUCAGGAAAUUUUAAGUUGUUUUUGAAUAACCUAAAAACAUGAUAGUCCUAAGGUAAUAAUGAGAGGGGUAGAACAAACCAUAGCAAGAUUGUUUUUUUUAAAACACAGUUCAGCAAAGUGUAGUCUAUUAGCUAUAAAAUAAAUGAUGCAUGCAUCCCUCUUCCUUGCUGUUACAAAUAAAACGACCAAAAGGCAAAUCCUACUAAUUAAAAUAGCCGAUCAAAAGCAUUAAGACGAGUUAAAGUUAUGAAGAGUAUUUCCCAAAUAGACUGGUGUUCAGUGUCCUAAAGUUGCAGCAAUUAAAUGGGAAAGUCGGUCUAUAGGCCAUUUUUCAAAUAGCUUUAUUUUGAAUGACAAUUAUUAGACAACGAGUUAAAUUAAGCAAACAAUAUCAAGAUGGAAAAAUCGAAUUGGAAGUCAAAACAACUUACAGCAGUGCACAGCUUAUGAAAGUGGCCCUAUUUCCAUAGCCUAUUAUUAGCAAUGUAGGCUACAACCUACCUACAAUAUAAAGAAGAAGCCUAGGCCUAAUAAGAGAGUUCUGGGGACAGCAGAGUUGCGUGCUUUGCAGCCAGGCCCUUGGUGAUUUACAACCCAUCACACGAUGCACAGCUGUCACUUGCACACACAUACGCACACCUCUUUCGUGCCACCGCCAAAUCAAAGUUUAUUGGUCGCGUACACAGAUUAGCCUAUUCCUCUCCAAUAAAGAUUUGGCUCCAAAAUAUACACUACCGGUCAAAAGUUUGAUUCAUACACUGGCUUGUCUGGCUGUCAUGUUUUUAUUUUAACCUGUCCUUCCCUUGUCUACACUGAAAUAAUAUAAUUUCAGCAGUCCUCUAUUAUGAUAAAAAACAUUAUAUCUCACAUAGCUCAUUAGUACAAAUCAAAUCCAAUCAAAUUUUAUUUGCCAAAUGCAACAGGUGUAGACCUUACAGUGAAAUGCUUACUUACAAGCCCUUAACCAACAAUAAAGUUUUUUAAGAAAAUAAGAAAGUGUUAAGUAAAAAAAUAGCAAAUAAUUAAAGAGCAGCAGUAAAAUAAAAUAACAGUAGGGAGGCUAUAUACAGGGGGUACCGGUACAGAGUCAAUGUGCGGGGGCACCGGUUAGUUGAGGUAAUAUGUACAUGUGGGUAGAGUUAAAGUGACUAUGCAUAAAUAAUAAACAGAGUAGCAGCAGCGUAAAAGAGGGGUGGGGGGGGGGGCAAUGCAAAUAGUCCGGGUAGCCAUGAUUAGCUGUUCAGGAGUCUUAUUGCUUUGGGGUAGAAGCUGUUAAGAAGCGUUUUGGACCUAGACUUGGCGCUCAGGUACCGCUUGCCAUGCGGUAGCAGAGAGAACAGUCUAUGACUAGGGUGGCUGGAGUCUUUGACGAUUUUUAGGGCCUUCCUCUGACACUACCUGGUAUAGAGGUCCUGGAUGGUAGGAAGCUUGGCCCCAGUGAUGUACUAGGCCGUACGCACUACCCUCUGUAGUUCCUUGCGGUCGGAGGCCGAGCAGUUGCCAUACCAGGCGGUGAUGCAACCAGUCAGGAUUCUCUCGAUGGUGCAGCUGUAUAACUUUUUGAGGAUCUAAGGACCCAUGCCAAAUCUUUUCAGUCUCCUGAGGGGGAAUAGGCUUUGUCGUGCCCUCUUCACGACUGUCUUGGUGUGUUUGGACCAUGAUAGUUUGUUGGUGACGUGGACACCAAGGAACUUGAAGCGCUCAACCUGUUCCGCUACAGCCCCGUCGAUGAGAAUGGGGGCGUGCUCAGUCCUCUUUUUUUCUUGUAGUCCACAAUCUUCUCCUUUGUCUUGAUCACGUUGAGGGAGAGGUUGUUAUCCUGGCACUACACGGCCAGGUCUCUGACCUCCUCCCUAUAGGCUGUCUCAUCGUUGUCGGUGAUCAGGCCUACCACUGUUGUGUCGUCAGCAAACUUAAUGAUGGUGUUGGAAUCGUGCCUGGCCAUGCAGUCAUGGGUGAACAGGGAGUACAGGAGGGGACUGAGCACGCAACCGUGAGGAGCCCCCGUGUUGAGGAUCAGCGUGGCAGAUGUGUUGUUACCUACCCUUACCACCUGGGGCAGCCCGUCAGGAAGUCCAGGAUCCAGUUGCAGAGGGAGGUGUUUAGUCCCAGGGUCCUUAGCUUAGUGAUGAGCUUUGUGGGCACUUCUUACUAUGUUCUACAUUGUAGAAUAAUAGUGAAGACAUCAAAACUAUGAAAUAACACACAUAGUGUGUUAAACAAAUCAACAUAUAUUUGAAAUUCUUCAAAUAGCCACCCUUUGCCUUGAUGACAGCUUUGCACACUCUUGGCAUUGUCUCAACCAGCUUCACCUGGAAUGCUUUUCCAACAGUCUUGAAGGAGUUCCCACAUAUGCUGAGCACUUGUUGGCUGCUUUUCCUUCACUCUGUGGUCCGACUCAUCCCAAACCAUCUCAAUUUGGUUGAGGUCGGGGGAUUGCGGAAGAUAGGUCAUCUGAUGCAGCACUCCAUCACUCUCCUUCUUGGUAAAAUAGCCCUUACAGAGGCUGGAGGUGUGUUGGGUCAUUGUCCUGUUGAAAAACAAAUUAUAGUCCCACUAAGCCCAAACCAGGUGGGAUGGCGUAUCGCUGCAGAAUGCUGUGGUAGCCAUGCUGGUUAAGUGUGCCUUGAAUUUGGACACAUUUCCACCGGUCUACUGUCCAUUGCUCGUGUUUCUAGGCCCAAUCAAGUACCUUCUUAUUGGUGUCCUUUUAGUAGUGGUUUCUUUGCAGCAAUUCGACCAUGAAGGUGCAGAUUCACACAGUCUCCUCUGAACAGUUGAUGUUGAGAUGUCUGUUACUUGAACUCUGUGAAGCAUUUAUUUGGGCUGCAAUUUCUGAGGCUGGUAACUCUAAUUAACUUAUCCUCUGCAGCAGACAACUCUGGGUCUUCCAUUCCUGUGGCGGUGCUCAUGAGAGCCAGUUUCAUCAUAGCGCUUGAUGGUUUUUGUGACUGCACUUGAAGAAACUUUAAAAGUUCAUUUGUCCCACUCCCCAUACACGCGGAGACCGGCUCAAUCGGUGCCUCCAGUUAUGUUAUCUCUUUCAUCGUUACGCAACGCUUAGGUUACCUCCACUGUACUCAUAUCCUUCCAUAUCCUUGUCUGUACAUAAUGCCCUGAAUCUAUUCUCCAACGCCCGGAAAUCUGCCCCUUUUUAUUAUCUGUACCCAACGCACUAAAAUACCAGUUCUUAAAGCCUUUAGCCAUAUCCUUAUUCUACUCCUCCUCUGUUCCUCUGGUGCUGUAGAGGUUAACCCAGGCCCUGUAGCCCCCAGAAUCACUCCUACUCCCCAGGCGCUAUCAUUUGUUGACUUCUGUAACUGUAAAGAAGCCUUGGUUUUUUGCAUGUUAACAUCAGAAGCCUCCUCCUUAAGUUUGAGUUACUCACUGCAUUAGCACACUCCGCCAACCCUGAUGUUCUAGCAGUGUCUGAAUCCUGGCUUAGGAAGACCACCAAAAACUCUGAAAUGUCCAUCCCCAACUACAACAUUUUCCGUCUAGAUAGAACUGCCAAAGGGGGUGGAGUUUCAAUCUGCUGUAGAGAGAGCCUGCAGAGCUCUAUCAUAACAUCCAGGUCUGUGCCCAAACAGUUUGAGCUUCUACUUCUUCUAAAAAUCCACCUCUCCAGAAAUAAGUCUAUCACUGUUGCCGCUUUCUACAGACCCCCCUCAGCGCCCAGCUGUGCUCUGGACCCAUAUGUGAAUUGAUUGCCCCCCAUCUAUCCUCAGAGUUCGUACUGCUUGGUGACCUAAACUGGGAAAUGCUUAACACCCCGGCCGUCCUACAAUCUAAAUUAGAUGCACUCAAUCUCACACAAAUUAUCAAGGAACCUACCAGGUAAAACCCUAAAUCCGUAAACAUGGGCACCCUCAUAGAUAUCAUCCUGACUAAUUUACCCUCUAAAUACACCUCCGCUGUCUUCAACCAGGAUCUCAGCGAUCACUGCCUUAUUUGCCUGCGUCCGUAAUGGGUCCGCGGUCAAACGACCACUCCUCAUCACUGUCAAACGCUCCCUAAAACACUUCAGCGAGCAGGCCUUUCUAAUUGACCUGGCCCGGGUAUCCUGAAUGGAUAUUGACCUCAUUCCGUCAGUAGAGGAUGCCUGGUUGUUCUUUAAAAGUGCUUUCCUCUCCAUCUUAAAUAAGCAUGCCCCAUUCAAAAAAUUCCGAACUAAGAACAGAUAUAGCCCCUGGUUCAACCCAGACUUGACUGCCCUUGACCAGCACAAAAACAUUCUGUGGCGUACUGCAUUAGCAUCGAACAGCCCCCGCGAUAUGCAACUUUUCAGGGAAGUCAGGAACCAAUAUACACAAUCAGUUAGGAAAGCAAAGGCUAGCUUUUUCAAACAGAAAUUUGCAUUGUGUAGCACUAACUCCAAAAUGUUUUGGGACACUGUAAAGUCCAUGGAGAAUAAGAGCACCUCCUCCCAGCUACCCACUGCACUGAGGCUAGGAAACACUGUCACCACCGAUAAAUCUACGAUAAUCGAGAAUUUCAAUAAGCAUUUUGCUACGGCUGACCAUGCUUUCCACCUGGCUACCCCUACCCCGGCCACCAGCUCUGCACCCUCCGCUGCAACUUACCCAUGCCCCCCCCCCCCCCCCAAAUUCUUGGGCCGACUCUUUUCUCUGUGUAUAUCAAUGAUAUCGCUCUUGCUGCUGGUGACUCUCAGAUCCACCUCUAUGCAGACGACACCAUUUUGUAUACAUCUGGCCCUUCAUUGGACACUGUGUUAACAAACCUCCAAAUGAGCUUCAAUGCCAUACAACACUCCUUCCGUAGCCUCCAACUGCUCUUAAACACUAGUAAAACUAAAUGCAUGCUCUUCAAUCGAACGCUGCUUGCCACCCGCCUGCCCGACUAGAAUCACUACUCUCGGCGGGUCUGACUUAGAAUAUGUGGACAACUACAAAUACCUAGGUGUCUGGUUAGACCGUAAACUCUCCUUCCAGACUCACAUUAAGCAUCUCCAAUCCGAAGUUAAAUCUAGAAUCGGCUUCCUAUUUCGCAAACAAAGCCUCCUUCACUCAUGCUGCCAAACAUGCCCUCGGAAAACUGACUAUCCUACCGAUCCUUGACUUCGGCGAUGUCAUUUACAAAAUAGCCUCCAACACUCUACUCAGCAAAUUGGAUGUAGUCUAUCACAGUGCCAUCUGUUUUGUCACCAAAGCCCCAUAUACUACCCACCAUUGUGACCUGUACGCUCUCGUUGGCUGGCCCUCACUACAUAUUCGUUGCCAAACCCACUGGCUCCAGGUCAUCUAUAAAUCACUGCUAGGCAAAUACCCGCCUUAUCUUAGCUCAUUGGUCACCAUAGCAACACCCACCCAUAGUAUGCACUCCAGCAGGUAUAUUUCACUGGUCAUCCCCAAAGCCAACACCACCUUUGGCCGCCAUUCCUUCCAGUUCUCUGCUGCUAAUGACUGGAACGAAUUGCAAAAAUCUCUGAAGCUGGAGACUCUUAUCUCCCUCACUAACUUUAAGCAUCAGUUGUCAGAGCAGCUUACCGAUCACUGCACCUGUACACAGCCCAUCUGUAAUUAGCCCACCCAACUACCUCAUCCCCAUAUUGUUAUUUAUUUUUGCUCAUUUGCACCCCAGUAUCUCUAUUUGCACAUCAUCUUCUGCACAUCUAUCAUUCCAGUGUUAAUACUAAAUUGUAAUUAUUUUGCACUAUGGCCUAUUUAUUGCCUUACCUCCAUAACUUACUACAUUUGCACACACUGUAUAUAGAUGUUCUAUUGUGUUAUUGACUGUAUGUUUUGUUUUAUCCCAUGUGUAACUCUGUGUUGUUGUUUUUAUCGCACUGCUUUGCUUUAUCUUGGCCAGGUCGCAGUUGUAAAUGAGAACUUGUUCUCAACUGGCUUACCUGGUUAAAUAAAGGUGAAAUAAAAAUAAAAACUGAUUGGCUCAAACGCAUUAAGAAGGAAAGAAAUUCCACAAAUUAACCUUUAAGAAGGCACACCUGUUAAUUGAAAUGCGUUCCAGGUGACUACCUCAUGAAGCUGGUUGAGAGAAUGCCAAGAGCAUGCAGGUGUUCCUAAUGUUUGGUGUACUCAGUGUGUAUGUGUGCACAGGAGGUGGGGCAGAUGGCCUUGCCCAAGCCUUUAUAACCACAGAAUAGUUCCAUAUUCUGUUGAGUAUGAAUAAAGAUAGACCUUGGCCCUGGAUUUGGUUACUGCAUUCCACAUCAGACUUGCCAAGUUGCCAGUAAAUUUCUGGUAGCAGUGCACUCAUUACACUAAUCUCUCAAUAUUCUAGGAAUUGUCGGCGAGGCAGAUGAAAAUGGAGAGGAUCAUUAUCUGUGGACUUACAAGAAAUUGGAGAUCGGCUUCAAUGGCAACCGAAUUGUUGAUGUCAACCUGACGAGUGAAGGCAAAGUCAAGCUUGUGCCCAACACAAGAAUUGCAAUGUCGUACUCUGUAAGUAUUUGCAAUUGCUUUUUAGAGGCGGGAAAUGGGACUGGAUUUUUCUAAUAUACACAGGGUUGAAUAUGUAUUUUGGAGAUGUGAUGUUUAAAUUUACUACACAGAGAUUUAUAUUGUUUUUAUAUAAAGUAAAGUAACCUACGUCAUCAUCCAUACGUGGCUCACUUGCCAAAGGAACAAUGUUGAAAUGUCUUUUUUACCACAGGUAAAGUGGAAGAAGUCAGAUGUGAAGUUUGAAGACCGAUUUGACAAGUAUCUCGAUCCAUCUUUUUUCCAACACAGAGUAAGUUUAAUCUUUUAAGAUAAGCAAUGCAAUUUUUCACUAAACUGCACAGUACUCACAGUGAUCAGCCUGUUUUAAAGAUGCAGUAUGUAGAAAUUGCUCCGCCAUUUCCUGGUUGCUAAAAUUCUAAUAGUUUGCCUAAUUUCAGUUUGUGACCCAAACAAGCAAGUAUAGCGUAGAGAAUCAUUGUACCAUCUAAACCGCUAUGAAGUAUAUUUUUCAUAUCCAAAAAUAUUGUGUUUUCAGCUGGUGUACAAAACCAACAGUAAAAGAUGCAAUAACGAAACGUACAAACGGGAAGCAUAGAAUUAGCACACACACAGAACAGAUCUACCGCUUCUUAGACUUGCUUUCAAUGAGACUGACAGAUCUAUAACUCACAUUUCUAUGUGCAUUUUGUCAGGUCACUCAAAAAGUUUCAUAUUGCAGCUUUAACAAUUCUGGGAUUCAAGGAUGUCAUGUUCUGGAAUCUAGGGAUGGGUUCUAUGUGUGCAUUUCCGAUAUUCUCCGUGGUAAUGAAAACGUUUUUCUCUAGAUUCACUGGUUUUCCAUCUUCAAUUCCUUCAUGAUGGUUAUCUUCUUGGUGGGCCUGGUGUCCAUGAUCCUGAUGAGAACGCUAAGGAAGGACUAUGCUAGAUACAGCAAAGAGGAGGAAAUGGAUGACAUGGUAACGUUUCAUAGCCUUGGUAGCAUUAGUGAUAGAAACUCACAUUGAACAUCAUGCACUUACUUAAUAUUUAGCUUUAUUAGUUUAGGCGCCAGUGCUUCGUAUGAUUUUGUCUAGCUGUAUGUCCUUUGUCUUAAUGUACCCCUGGUCCUUUGCUGCCUCUUCCUGCUGCAGGACAGGGACCUGGGGGAUGAGUAUGGGUGGAAGCAGGUCCAUGGAGACGUGUUCCGGCCGUCCAGCCACCCCAUGAUCUUCUCCUCCCUAAUUGGCUCUGGAUGCCAGAUCUUCUCUGUCUCCUUCAUCGUCAUUGUCGUGGCCAUGAUUGAGGAUCUGUACACCGAGUGAGUGAUGAGCACCUCCCCGCAGAUGAUAACCUAAUGGAGUGUGUUUCUUCGCUGCUGUCUAACGUGGUUUGUGUGUGUGUGUGUUUGUGUGUGUGCACGCACACUGCGGCUUCCCAUUUGUUUCUGCAGGAGAGGAUCCAUGCUGAGCACAGCCAUCUUUGUGUAUGCUGCCACCUCUCCUGUCAAUGGCUAUUUCGGCGGAAGUUUGUAUGCAAAACAAGGAGGUAUGUAAGGGUUUGUCUUAAAAAUAAAGUACAUUCCUUCACAUCACACCUAAAUUAUUACUGCACUCUGCAAGGGCAGUUUUGCAGACAGAAUAUUGUCACCAUGACAUUUUCUGAACAUGGAGCCUGGGUUGUCAAAACAUUGUUUGUGGUACUUGGUGUAGAAUGUUGUGGUUGAAGCCUAUUGACAUGGAUAUUGACAGAAAUGUGGCUACAUUGUUGGUGUCAUUGUGUAAAUAGCACAUGGUGUUACAGAAUCCCCCUGCCGAGGGCGCUGUGGGACAAAUGUAUAGCGUGAGCAUUUGCUUUCUGGAGCUGUGCGGUCUGACUCUCACCCAUCCUUACCCUUUCUCCCCCUCCCAUGAGAGAUCGAUAUCUCAUCCAGCUCAUGGCUUCAGCCAAUCGGACAAUAGCCAUGUGUCUCACCACUGUGCAAGCUCUAGCCAUGCAGUCUCUACAGGCCCUGAUUGGCUAGCCAGCCUGACCCACACUCUCCAAGGGAGUAAAUAUUGCCAGUACCUGAAUGGUAUUAUUCCAGUCUGUGAGUGUGGGUGGACAUAUGUGCAUGGGAUGCGUGACUACAAAAACCAUACCCAUGUACAUACCCAUGUUUAACUUAUCCUGUGUGUGAUUUAAAGUUCCUGUGUGUGUGUGUGUUAACUCUUGGGCUGCUUUAUUCCCCUCUAACCAGGGGCGGUUUCAGUGAGUCACAAACCAGUAAAAUACAUAGAGCCGGGUCGCUCUCGUUCACAUGGUAUGGUAGAUUGUCAUUCACUCAUAAUGUGCACCCUUAUGGUAACCGAUUUUAUAUUUUAUCCUAUAGGCAGACGAUGGAUUAAACAGAUGUUUAUCGGGGCCUUCCUGAUCCCUGCCAUGGUGUGUGGGACAGCCUUCUUCAUCAACUUCAUCGCCAUGUACUACCAUGCCUCCCGGGCCAUCCCUUUUGGCACCAUGGUGAGUUUAGAGCAGUGGUAUUCAAAGCAGUGGUAUUCAAAAUAUUAAACAGAACAGAUUAUUGUAUUGUAUGGGACAAUAUGCAAAUGUUUUUGAGAAAGAUAAUUAGAAAAAUACAAUUUUAUUGAGUAAAUGUAUUUAUUGGUUUCUUUUCAUUUUGAAACGAGAGAUGAACAUGUAAUGAAUUGGUUAUUUGUUGAUAAAAAAAACUAUUUUUAUAAAGGUUGUAUCAUUAGAUGUGGGGUGGGGUGGGCAGAAAUUCUAGCUAGAAAAUUCUGGUAAUUGGUAACCAAUUUAUAAUAGCAAUAAGGCACCUCGGGGGUUUGUGGUAUAUGGCCAAUAUACCACGGCUAAGGGCUGUAUCCAGGCACUCCGUUGUGCUUAAGAACCUGCUCUCACUAUGAAAUCUUUCUCAUGGAUUCUACUAUUGCAUGUUUUCAGGUGGCUGUUUGCUGUAUUUGUUUGUUUGUUAUCCUGCCACUCAACCUUGUGGGGACCAUUCUGGGAAGAAACCUCUCUGGCCAGCCCAACUUUCCCUGUCGAGUCAAUGCAGUGCCGCGGCCAAUCCCUGAGAAGAAAUGGUAUCUAUGAAUAUGAUCUUAUUUGUACAGCAUUACUUACUCAAAUCUACAUGUGACAUUUGUUUUUACAUUUAUUGGAUUUUGUUUAUUAAGAUCCAAGUGCUGAAAUGGACUAUGUUUGCUCCUCGAGAGGCGCUGUUAAGUUUAUUUUGUCGUUGAGAGUUGAUAGUUCAAUAAAGGUCUGAUUGGCCAAAGAGUCCACACACCUACUUUCCCAGGUUGAAACCAGUCCUGGAUGAACAGAGGAAUGAUAACAGUGCUGCGGCACGGGAGGCCUGGAGUUGCAUAGCUCCGAUUGAUUGAUAAACUAUUGGUGACGCUGUCAGUAUUGUGAGUUGAUUGUAAAUUUCCAAUUUUACAGGUUCAUGGAGCCAGCUGUCAUUGUCUGUCUGGGAGGCAUCCUUCCAUUCGGUUCCAUUUUCAUAGAAAUGUAAGUCCUACCUCACUACACUAUAAUCUAGAUCAGUUGUCACCAACCGGUCGAUCUCCAAGGCAAUCCUAGUCGAUCACCAAACAUUUCUAUGAAAAACCCAACGAUAAAGCCAUGAGUUCCAAUUUUUAAAAUAUGUUUUUCAUGCUGUUGGCGGUAGGUACACUUGAUUCAGCAGCCCUAGCAACGGGAAGGAAGUGUUGCCAUUUUUGAACCUUUUCAUGUGUCCUGAAAGUGGAACUAGGGCUGUUACGGUGACUGUAUUACCCCCACACCGGCGGUCUCCAAUUCCAUGUGACCAUUUAGUCAGUUUAUGUUAAUUAAAGGUCAAUUACCUUGACACCUGCAGCUAUUUGCCUGACAAUAACCAGCUGACGAAAUUUCCUGACUGCCACUGUCCUAGGUGGAACUCCGCCUACCCGGCAGGCCCAGAGAGCAAAUCAAGUGCACUUACAGGCCUAACACUGGCCAAUCAGAUACCUCAGAUCACCGUGUCUGCACAGUUUCCUUGCGCCAUAGACCAAACUCACAGCAAAGUUGAUGUCAAAUGUAAAGACUUUUGAAACCAUGACUAGAGAAAAACUCAACGAAUACAGCAAAGGGCUGCUGUUUUUGAGUAAGUUCAUGUUUAAGUUGUUAUUCAUCACUGUCAACACCUUGUUCAACACUUUAUUUUUUUAUAAGCCAUAAAAUGCGCAUUCUCCCUACUUCCACUCACUAGUGAAGGGUUGUUCACGAACGAACGGCUCUUUUUGAACUGAUCUUUUUGGUGAAAAUUUUCAAAAGAAUUAUCUAAAUUAUUGAAUCCUCACUGCAGAAAAAAUUAAUAGUGAGGAGAGCAUUUAUAUAAAUAAUUUGGCCAGGUAAACAUUUAUUUGAAUGCGCAUGUCACGAUCUGACAUAAUGGUAGCCUACCUUUUUGGCCUUUACAUUGGAGAUUAGCUUUUUUUUUAUGUUCAUGGUUCCAGGACGAUAUAAUUUUUUUGUAACACCGAUAGACAGUGUCCUUCGCUCGCGCCUUCACUCCCGCCUGCCCUCAUCGUUGUUAACAGAACUGCGGGAAAAUCGUGCCGGACAGGCGGGGGACACUAUCUGCCGGUCGCUCCCGCUAGCACAGCAGGCGGGAGGCUGGGACGGCGAUGACACUGUGCAAGCUAACGACACUGUGUGCUAGCUUGCUAGUUAGCUAGCACACUGUGUCGCUCCCGCCUGAGGUGUACCGGAUAAAACCGUGCCCAACAGGCAAGGGCGAAGGACACUGUCUACCGGUCGUCCCCGCCUCCCGCUAGCACAGCAGACUGGAGGCUAGGGCGACACCGUGUGCUAGCUUGCUAGUUAGCGACACCGUGUGCUAGCACACGUUGUCACUCCCGCCUGCUCUGUACCAGAGUCCUCCUUAGUUCUAGCUGGCUAAGCUGGCACACAGUUUAUUUUGCUCCCGCCUGCCGAACACAUGCCCUAACCAUCGUUAACAGAAAUGCGGGAAAACUGUGCCCGACAGGCGGGGACGAAGGACACUGUCUACCGGUGUGUGCCUAGCAAGCUACCGUUGUCGCCCCUUCUGUGGGGCUUAUUGGCGGCUGGCUUCCAACAUUAUUGUGCAUUAACGCCAUCUACUUUACUGGAGCUCUCCCGCCUGUCCUAACUAAAAAAUUGACCAAUAGAAGAAUAGAGGGGUUCCUGCAGAUGCAGGAAUGCCCCGAAUAGCUGUCCGCAAUUGCACCCUUCUUGAGGGAGGGAGAGAGGAGGGACGGUGAGAGGCAGCCUCACAGCUGCUCCCUCCCUCCCCACAGACUGACCAUCAGAUAUACAUUUACAUUUAAGUCAUUUAGCAGAUGCUCUUAUCCAGAGCGACUUACAAAUUGGUGCAUUCAACUUAGGAUAGCAAGUGGAACAACCACAUUUUUCUUUUUUUUAUGGGGGGUGGGGGUAGAAGGAUUACUUUAUACUAUUCCAGGUAUUCCUUAAAGAGGUAGGGUUUCAAGUGUCUCCGGAAGGUGGUCAGUGACUCCGCUGUCCUGGCGUCGUGGGGGAGCUUGUUCCACCAUUGGGGUGCCAGAGCAGCGAAUAGCUUUGACUGGGCUGAGCGGGAACUGUGCUUCCGUAGAGGUAGGGGGGCUAGCAGGCCAGAGGUGGAUGAACGUAGUGCCCUCGUUUGAGUGUAGGGUCUGAUCAGAGCUGAAGAUGCAGGCCAUCAGUCCAGUAAAACAAAAAAAGCAAAUGUAUUAUGCUCAUUCACCUGUGCCUCACAAAGCAAUACAUCCAGUGUGAUCAUAUACCUAUAGUUUUGAAAUAUAAUUUCAAAAUGGUCUGAGAAGAACAACAUUGGCAGGGCAAUUCAAGCAUAGCCAAUAUGCAGUGAUAAUGUAUUGGGCCUAUGGACUACUGCUCAAACCUCAUUGCUACAGAACUGUUUUUAAUUGGUUACUGUUGCAUAGGCUUAUGUUUUUUUUAAGUCAUGUUUGAAGAAAAUAAAAUCUGAGGGGUAGAUCUCUGCCUGCAUUUUGACUCAAAGUAAUCUUGACUCAAAAGGUUGGUGACCACUGAUCUAGAUAAAGUGCAUUCAGAAAGUAUUCAGACCCCUUGACUUUUCCCCCAUUUUGGUACAUUCCAGCCUUAUUCUAAAAUUGAAUAAAUAAAAUUCCUCAUCAAUCUACACACACUACCCUAUAAUGACAAAGCAAAAACAGGUUUUUAGACAUUUUUGAAAAUGUAUUAAAAAUAAAAAACAAAUGCCUUAUUUACAUAAGUAUUCAGACCCUUUGCUUUGAGACUCGAAAUUGAGCUCAGUUGCAUCCUGUUUCCAUUGAUCAUCCUUGAGCUUUUUCUACAACUUGAUUUGGAGUAUUGUGGUAAAAUCAAUUGAUUGGACAUGAUUUGGAAAGGCACACACCUGUCUAUAUAAGGUCCCACAGUUGACAGUGCAUGUCAGAGCAAAAACCAAGCCAUGGGGUCGAAGGAAUUGUCCGUAGAGCUCCGAGACAGGAUUGUGUCGAGGCACAGACCUGGGGAAGGGAAUCAAAACAUUUCCGCAGCAUUGAAGGUCCACAAGAACACAAUAGCCUCCAUCAUUCUUAAAUGGAAGAUGUUUGGAACCACCAAGACUCUUCCUAGAGCUGUGCCCGGCCAAACUGAGCAAUCGGGGGAGAAGGGCCUUGGUGAAGCGGGCGGGCGAAGGUUCCCCUUUCAACAGGACAACCCAGGAAUGGCUUCGGGACAAGUCUCUGAAUGUCCUUGAGUGGCUGGCCUUGAACUUCUCUGGAGAGACCUGAAAAUAGCUGUGCAGCGACGCUCCCAAUCCAACCUGACAGAGCUUGAGAGGAUCUGUAGAGAAGAAUGGGAGAAACUCCCCAAAUACAGGUGUUCCAAGCUUGUGGCGUCAUACCCAAGAAGAUUUGAGGCUGUAAUCGCUGCCAAAGGUGCUUCAACAAAGUACGGAGUAAAGGGUCUGAAUACUUACGUAAAUGAGAGAUUUAUUAUUAUUUAUUUUUUACAUUUGCCUAAAUUUCUUAACCUGUUUUUGCUUUGUCAUUAUGGGGUAUUGCAGAUUGAUGAGGGGGAAAAAAACGAUUUAAUCAAUUUUAGAAUAAGGCUGUAACGUAACAAAAUGUGGAAAAAGUCGAGGGGUCUGAAUACUUUCCGAAUGCACUGUAUAUCUGCGUUUAGCAGGUUGAUAAUUCACCAAGUAAUACCUGUGCAUGGCUGGAAGUGGAAAUGCAUUGUCAAAUCAAAUCAACUCAAAUUGUAUUGGUCACAUGCGCCGAAUACAACAGGUGCAGACAUUACAGUGAAAUGCUUACUUACAGCCCUUAACCAACAGUGCAUUUAUUUUAAACAAAAAAAGUAAGAAUAAAACAACAACAACAAAAAGUGUUGAGAAAAAAAAGAGCAGAAGUAAAAAUAAAGUGACAGUAGGGAGGCUAUAUAUACAGUAAAAUAAAGUGACAGUGGGGAGGCUAUAUAUACAGGGGGGUACCGUUGCAGAGUCAUUGUUUGCUUCUUAUUUUACAGGUACUUCAUUUUCACUUCGUUUUGGGCCUACAAGAUCUACUACGUGUACGGGUUCAUGAUGCUGGUCCUGGUUAUCCUCUGCAUUGUCACUGUGUGUGUCACCAUUGUCUGCACUUACUUCCUCCUCAAUGCUGAGGACUACAGAUGGUGAGUAAAAGACAGCCAGCAAUGUAUUUACUUGUCACUACGAUUUACAUGAUUCAUUAAAUUGAUUAAUUAAUUAAAUGGGAGGGACCUUGUGGAGGCCUUAUACACCCACCACUUUGUGUGAUUAGGCCUAAGUAAGUACACUGCUCAAAAAAAUAAAGGGAACACUUAAACAUUACAUUUUUAGUCAUUUAGCAGACGCUCAUAUCCAGAGCAUUUUUUUUUUAUACUGGCCCCCCGUGGGAAUCGAACCCACAACCCUGGCGUUGCAAACGCCAUGCUCUAUCAACUGAGCUACAUCCCUGCCGGCCAUUCCCUCCCCUACCCUGGACCAAUUGUGCGCCGCCCAUGAGUCUCCCGGUCGCGGCCGGCUGCAACAGAGCCUGGAUUCGAACCAGGAUCUCUAGUGGCACAGUUAGCACUGCGAUGCAGUGCCUUAGACCACUGCGCCACUCAGGAGCCCGACACAAUGUAACUCCAAGUCAAUCACACUUCUGUGAAAUCAAACUGUCCACUUAGGAAGCAACACUGAUUGACAAUAAAUGUCACAUGCUGUUGUGCAAAUGGAAUAGACAACAGGUGGAAAUUAUAGGCAAUUAGCAAGACACCCCCAAUAAAGGACUGGUUUUGCAGAUGGUGACCACAGACCACUUCUCAGUUCCUAUGCUUCCUGGCUGAUGUUUUGGUCACUUUUGAAUGCUGGCGGUGCUUUCACUCUAGUGGUAGCAUGAGACGGAGUCUACAACCCACACAAGUGGCUCAGGUAGUGCAGCUCAUCCAGGAUGGCACAUCAAUGCGAGCUGUGGCAAGAAGGUUUGCUAUGUCUGUCAGCGUAGUGUCCAGAGCAUGGAGGCGCUACCUGGAGACAGGCCAGUACCUCAGGAGACGUGGAGGAGGCCGUAGGAGGGCAACAACCCAGCAGCAGGACUGCUACCUCCGCCUUUGUGCAAGGAGGAGCAGGAGGAGCAUUGCCAGAGCCCUGCAAAAUGACCUCCAGCAGGCCACAAAUGUGCAUGUCUGCUCAAACGGUCAGAAACAGACUCCAUGAGGGUGGUAUGAGGGCCUGACGUCCACAGGUGGGGGUUGUGCUUACAGCCCAACACCGUGCAGGACGUUUGGCAUUUGCCAGAGAACACCAAGAUUGGCAAAUUCGCCACUGGCGCCCUGUGCUCUUCACAGAUGAAAGCAGGUUCACACUGAGCACGUGACAGAGUCUGGAGACGCCGUGGAGAACGUUCUGCUGCCUGCAACAUCCUCCAGCAUGACCGGUUUGGCGGUGGGUCAGUCAUGGUGUGGGGUGGCUUUUCUUUGGGGGGCCGCACAGCCCUCCAUGUGCUCGCCAGAGGUAGCCUGACUGCCAUUAGGUACCGAGAUGAGAUCCUCAGACCCCUUGUGAGACCAUAUGCUGGUGCGGUUGGCCCUGGGUUCCUCCUAAUGCAAGACAAUGCUAGACCUCAUGUGGCUGGAGUGUGUCAGCAGUUCCUGCAAGAGGAAGGCAUUGAUGCUAUGGACUGGCCCGCCCGUUCCCCAGACCUGAAUCCAAUUGAGCACAUCUGGGACAUCAUGUCUCGCUCCAUCCACCAACGCCACGUUGCACCACAGACUGUCCAGGAGUUGGCGGAUGCUCUAGUCCAGGUCUGGGAGGAGAUCCCUCAGGAGACCAUCCGCCACCUCAUCAGGAGCAUGCCCAGGCGUUGUAGGGAGGUCAUACAGGCACGUGGAGGCCACACACACUACUGAGCCUCAUUUUGACUUGUUUUAAGGACAUUACAUCAAAGUUGGAUCAGCCUGUAGUGUGGUUUUCCACUUUAAUUUUGAGGGUGACUCCAAAUCCAGACCUCCAUGGGUUGAUAAAUUCGAUUUCCAUUUAUAAUUAUUGUGUGAUUUUGUUGUCAGCACAUUCAACUAUGUAAAGAAGAAAAAAGUAUUUAAUAAGAUUAUUUCAUUCAUUCAGAUCUAGGAUGUUAUUUUAGUGUUCCCUUUAUUUUUUUGAGCAGUGUAUAUAAUUACAUGGCUAGCUUUUAGAACUAUAAUAAAGCAUGAGCUGAUGCACACCCAAACAUUUGAAUGGAGGUGCUGACUAACGGGAUUGUAAACUGUAUAAAAAGAAAGUCGCACACCAAAUAUGUUCCCAACAAUUUAAUGGCUAUUAAACAUGGCUUUAGGACUAUAACACAGCUAACACAGUUUUUAUUUCCUCUCAGGCAAUGGACAAGCUUUCUCUCUGCUGCAUCCACUGCGGUUUAUGUUUACAUGUACUCCUUUUACUACUAUUUCUUCAAAACAAAGUGAGUUCCAAUAUCAAUUUUCUUAUAUAAAACACACAUUGUACACAACUGAAGAAAAUAAUCUGUUGACCGUAAAAUGACUAUAACCCCAAUGCAUUCUGUCAUAAAUAAGGGAAGGUUUGUAUUCGUUUACUAAAAACGAAUACAAGUAUUAAAAAUGCCCCUUUUUGGGGCCCUCACCAGUUUGCAUGGACUGGGGGGACCCCCAUUGAUUUUGUUAGUAACUUUCACUUAUAUCAUAUUAAAAAUUGCAAACUUUUCUCUUCACGGUAUACCGACACUUCAGUACAGAAGUUUACACAAUUGAAUAAUGCAACAUGGCAUGUAGAAAUGUUGAAACUGUUCGUUACUGUUCGCAAAACAAUGUCCACACAGGCUAGAGCACUUUUACAAUGCAAGACAAAACCGAUAGUGUCCAGCUUUAAUUGUAGGCUAACUUUCCUUGCUAGCGUACAGCUGAAUUCACUACCCUUGUUUGUGCAAACCAGAAUGCUUAAUAUGCUGAUUUCAAAGCUGACUGUAACCAUACUAUUAAUUCACUUAAUCUCCCUCGCCACCAAAAACUAAUUAACUUGUUCGUCUUCCUUUGUCUCCCGUCUAGUUUCCACUAAAUUCCAUAGCCACAGUCAGGUUCUACAGCCACAAUCUGCCUCACGAAUAACGCCAUUCAUUUUAGACGGCAUACACAUUUUGAAAAGAGAUUGCUUGUUCUAUGCAAAUGUUGUUGAUCAGUACAAUAAAAGGAUAUGUUCUCCUAGCAGUUGCUAAUAAAAAUGAGUCGCUAAAAUGGAAGAUGUUCUUUGUCAUCUAUAGCCCCAUGAAAUCAGCUAAAACAAGCUUAACUCAAUGCAUAUACUCCUAUUGAAUAAUAUGCUUUCGCAUAUAUUGUGAAUAGACCUAGGCUACAUCUUGAUUUACCCAGUUUAUCAAGAGAUUACCAUUCUAAUAAAUUAUGACCAUUAUAUUUUGUAGUUAGAUUGGUAAAAACAAAGUCAUUGAUUCAAUUGGUGAAUACGUGGCUGUCAAAAAUGGACAUUUUUCAUAUGUAAUGAUAUUGAACUCAAAGAUGCCCAACGAUAGAUAACAGCGCAGUAGCUCCGUUUCAGUCUGGAACAAGUGGCAUUCUGUGACUUUGACUAAUACAUAUUUUUUUGUGGUAUUGUUUUGGUAUUGAGUAUUGUGAUACUAAACCUGGUAUCAAAGACAAAAUUAUGGUAUCGUGACACACUAGUGUCUUCCUGUGUAUUACUUCCACUGACCAGUGGUGUAAAAAUACUUUAAAGUACUACUUAAGUAGUUUUUUGGGGUAUCUGUACUUUACUAUUUAUAUUUUUGCCAACUUUUACUUCAGUACAUUCCUAAAGAAAAUAAUAUACUUUUUACUCCAUACAUUUUCCCUGACACCCAAAAGUACUCGUUACAUUUUGACAGGAAAAUGGCCCAAUACUCACACUUAUCAAGAGAACAUCCCUACUGCCUCUGAUCUGGCGGACUCACUAAACACAUGUUUCGUUUGUAAAUUAUGUCUGAGUGUUGGAGUGUGCCUCUGGCUAUCCGCCAAUAAAUAAUAUAAAAUUGUGCCGUCUGGUUUGCAAGGGGUUUAUACUUUUGAUACUUAAGAACAUUUUAGCAAUUCCAUUUACUUUUGAUACUUAAGUAUAUUUAAAACCAAAUACUUUUAGACUUUUACUUAAGUAGUAUUUUACUGGGUGACUUUUACAUUUUCUAUUAAGGUAUCUUUACUUUUACUCAAGUAUGAUAAUUGAGUACUUUUUCCACCACUGCCGCUGACAGUUGUUUUGUCCCACUUCGUUUCAGGAUGUAUGGUCUGUUCCAGACGUCCUUUUACUUUGGCUACAUGGCAGUGUUCAGUACUUCUCUGGGAAUCAUGUGUGGUAGGUUCAACUUCUCUAUUCACAUCAUCUGAUUUGAUCCAAGUAUUGUGACUCUUAUGAGGUUAUUCUGUAAACGCAAUGUAGCUCAGAGUGCAAAGCAUGCAUGGUUAUUGAUGCAAUGACAAUCUUGCAAUGUAUCUUUCUUUUGUAGGAGCCGUUGGGUAUGUGGGAACAAGUGCCUUCGUGAGGAAGAUCUACACAAAUGUGAAAAUUGACUAGGACAGAUGCAAGCAGCAACAAGGGAUCCAAGGAUCAGCUGAAGCUCUCCCCAACAGAAGCGGGCACAAGUUGUUUUUUUGCAAAAAGAGAUUGUGGUAUCUCAAUUUGUACAAAUGUAGUUUUCCAUUUUCUGAAUAAUUUUUCAAUUUUGCAAAACAAAGUGUACUAGAGCAAAAACUGCGGAAAAAGAAAACGUUAACAUCGGUUCUGUUUUUAUCAAUUGCUUUCAACCAAUGUUCUGAAGCAUAUGUUAUUCAAAAUGUAACAUGGCUUCCCCUUUCCAAUCCAGUCCCAGCCGCCACCAGAGAAGAUGAUGAUCUUUAUUGAUGGAAUAGUCUAGCUCUCUUCAGUGAAGAGGCCAUAUCGAAAGCCUUUGUUCUAUUGUAUUAGAAUAUUGAAGAGUUGGGUUUUGCGUCCAUGCUCUGGUCUGAUUCUAUUUUGUAUUACUGAGUCACUCCCAAUGACGUUAUAUUUUAUUCUGGCUUCCACAUUAAUUUUUACCAGCUACACUAGACAAGUAGUACAUUUUACAUUCAAUACAAUAACUGGAUGUUAUACUAACUUAUCAGAGUUGGAACCAUUCCCAUAUUUGGACAAUUCUCAAAUUUCCAAAUGCAGUAGUUUAAAACCAGCCACCCAAGAUAAAUAUUUGUUUGCUGUACAUAUGGGGAAAAAAACAUUCAGGAAAGGAAGGUGUUAUCAACAGUUGGUUUUGAGUUACAUUAUAAAUGGAUGUUUGAUGUGAUCCAAUUUCCCGUUUUAGUCUUAUGUUUUCUUAAUGGUUGGGUUUGAAUGAAGACUACUUGUAAAGAUAAUAUAUGGAUAGGGGGAAAAGUGUAUAUAACCUUAAUAAUGUAACUUUAGAUGUAGAUCCCAAAUGUAUUUUGGUUGUACAGAUUUACUACAUUUUUUUUUUUUUUUUACGAAUCAUUCAGUUAUAAACAAAAAUAUAUAUUUUUAGUUUUUGUCUCUUUUGGUGCUUGGGGUGGCGCUGUUACAUCUUGCCUGAAAUUGCAUGAAGUUUCCAUCAAACCAUGUGCUCAUCAAAUUCCGCUUUGUUUGGCAGUUUAUCUUUCACUUUCCCUGGUUGUGGACAUGUCAUGUAGCAAUAAAAAAAAAGUGUGUCAUUGACUUUGUGCUGGCUGCUUGCAGAAAGGGAUGACAUUGACAAAACUGACACUUUGUUUUUAUGUAUUUUUUAAAGCUUUAAAGUGCGCCGUUCUUUGGUCAGCCAUGUCCCUCACGCUAUCUUUGGUUUUCAUAACCUGAAACAUUGUGAAUGUCAUGAAAUGAGGCGAUUGUGCCGAGUUUCCACAAACGUACUGUACAAAGUGAAAUACACUUAGCUACAUACACUACUGCAGAGUAUUUAAAAUGCUUUUCCCCCAUGUAAAUACAUUAUGUACCUUAAAUGUGUGAGUGGCAUUGCCUUUUUCUAAUUUCAAAUUCU